AAUGUAGAAGUUGACUGGAAGUGCCCGGAUUCAGAAUCACUUGUAUAUGCGGCAGUUUGGAUACAAUAUUGAGACACAACCAUUAUGAGAAGAAUGUGACUCAUGCCAAAAGCAUUUCCCACCAGAGGAAUGGAUAAAACAAUAAAGGAUAAAAAAAAGGAGUUCAUCAGUGUGUGGGUGAGAGAUCCCAGAGUCCAGAAAGAAGAUUCAUGGCACUCUUACGUAGAUUAUGAAAUUUGUGUUCAUACUAAUAGUAUGUGUUUUACAAAGAAGACUUCCUGCGUUCGAAGACGCUACAGAGAAUUUGCUUGGCUUAGGCAGCGACUUCAAGACAAUGCUGUAUUGAUAAGUCUGCCAGAGUUGCCUCCAAAGAGCCCUUUCUUCAGUGCCAGUAAUGUCCAACAUGUUGAGCAACGCUGUCAAGGCCUUCAAGAAUUUUUAGAGAAAGUAUUGAAGAUCAACAUACUCCUUUCAGACAGUAGAUUACACCUCUUCUUGCAGACACAGUUAAACACUACAGAGAUUGAGGCCUGUGUCUCGGGUCAGACUGACUACACCGUUGAGGAUGCAGUUCACAGACAUGCCACUUCUAACCGAAGAUUCCCUGUAGAGGAAGCAUAGCCAGUAAAGAUUGGUUUAGACUUAAACUGCAAAAGCACUUCAUCCUCGGGGCUUGGAAGUGGCAGCAAUGACAACAACGCAAAGUCAUAAAAGAUGAACAUUGCGAGAAUCUGUUUUGUGCCCCAUUCUGCUUUGGGCAUGUGUUCAGAAUCUACAAUCCAGACGGCUGAUUUAUCCAAAUCUACCUCCAAACUGACCUCAAUCACAAAAGAAAUCUGUGAAAGCCCAGUACAAUGCAGUGUUUUGCUUCACAGACAGAAAAAUCAUGUUUAUUUGUGGCUACAGUGAAAAUAUUCAGUUACCUUUUUGACUGAGAUGUUCUAUUUUCACUUGCAACUAGCAGGGUAAAGGGUAGGGGGAAAAAAAUUGCCUUUUUUUGGUAGGACAUUUCGCAAUUGCAAUAUGUAUCCGAAUUAAUGAUCAAAAUUACAUUUUAAUAAUUAUUAUAGUGAAAUACAUUAUUUUCUAAACUGCAUUCCUAAAUAGUAUAAAAUUUGGAUCUUCUGACUGAAGGAUAAAUGUUUAUAGGAUGUGAGGAAGCAAUAUUCAUUCUGAACACAGUAAUUCCAAAGUUGCAAAUGUCAUUUUUUUUCAUGGGUUGCUGUUUCUUGGAAGAAACAGACUCUGUGUUGCACGUGGAAAUGUUAUCCAAUUAUUUGUUAAUCACUCCUAAGCCAAUUUUAUGCUAAUUACUCAAGCUUAUUUAAUUCAGUGAUGUGCUUCCCAAAGAAAGCUUGGAUUUCAGUCUGUACACUUAGCUGAUGGGCAAUUCACAAAUCAAUUUAAAACAGCUUUUGUUUGAAAUCUAAACUCCAUGUUUAACAUGUACAGUUUUACACUUGUGAACUGUAAUAACGUACUGCAGGCCACUCUGUUUACUACAUUCAAAGCUGAGUUACAUCAUGGAAAUGACACUUGAGAACAAUACAAGUUUAGAGAAUCAUUCGUUUGAUUAAGUUAUUGGAAACAUUGUUUUAUUGUAUAGAAGAAAUUUUGGUUGUAUUAACAUUGACUCUGUUAAGAAAAUUUAUAUGUGCCCUUUACAAAAUCAUUUUUAGUCUUCAUGUUACUCUAGAACCACAUUAGCUGAUCGUAAUUUCAACCCCUCUAAAACAGGAAGUUAGCAAGGAAGCUUCCUGGUUUUGGCUGAGAUGGAGUACCACAAUUAGCUGAAGCAACCCUGGGGAUUGCUUAAUCCCUGCCCACCACUGUCAGCAAGCAAUUGUUACAAGAGUGCAGUGGGUAAGGACAAAAAUCAGGCUCUGUUCAUCAACCAUUCAACCAAUUCUAAGCUGUCUCAUUAAAAUGGCCAUUGGAUGGAGGUCGACCAAUGUUUGUGGAAUUUUGACGAUUUAGAGAGCUAACCUCUUUGUGGAAGGGAGAAUAUUCGUUUUAGUGAGUGUUGGAAAUCACUUUUUAAUACAAGUAUAAAGCCACCAACAUUCAUCAUUACCAUUUUGAUGACAGUGAAUUAAUAUGCAACCUUAACAUUCUACCCAAAAAUAUAAACUAAUUUUAAUAAAUAUUUUUUGUGCUUUUCAUUCUCUUGAAUAAGCAUUUGGGAGCAUGAUGGCUUUGGCCUAAUUAUUCUGAAAAGUGUAUUUUUUUCCUGUGGUCUUGUUGCUGUAAAUCUAUAUUGGUCCUUGUGAAAUUUUUUAUAGCUUCAAUUUGUUAUUUGUUUACCUUUGGCCGUGCUGAUGAUGUCUGAGGGAGAGUUAGCAAAUAAACUUGGAAAUCUGAAUUUAAUUCUCUUUUUUAAAAAAAAGUAUACCUUGAAAAAAAGUUGGAAUUUCUCUAGAUGGUUCAUGGCAUGUUCUACUUCAAUUGAUUUGUCCACUAUAGACUCUUCAAAUGUAAGUGUUUACAGAUUUGUGUACUACUGUACCUUAUUACUUUAUUAAAUUUGGCAAAAAUGUAUGAUUUGUGAACUGUUCUGAUUUACAACACUCUCUGUAGGGCGAAUCAUUGAUAAUUUAAUAUAUGAAGUGAAUCAAUGGUCUAGUAAGCUGCAGGAAUGCUUACUAUUCUUCAGUGAAGUGAUGGAAUGCUUUGUGAAGCAAAAUAGGUGCAAAAGCUUUAAAAAGAUAACAAGCGUGCAUAUUAUUAGCAGGAAACCCAAAUCUGAAAUUUUUGAGAGCUGUGUACACAUACCCUUUCUAACUUUCUCAGCACUGCUGUAGGCCAUUAGCGCCCAGUUUGUCAAGAGGUCUGUUCUCCCUGACCAUAUGGCAUUAGGUGGUUAUGAAAGUCGUUCUGUCUUGUCUAGACCAAUUAACAGACUCUGGGAGUACUGCACCAUACAUUGCUUGACAGCUUAGUGGACUUCAGAUUGCAAUCUAAAUGCUGUUGUGCACUUAGGCAUAAUUUGACUAUAAAUUUCCUCCACCUGUUUUAAAAUUCAAAUCUUUUUUUUUGCUGAAAUGACAUGAAGCAGAAUUAAAAAUACUGUACCCAUUUCUUUUAUCUUGUAAUGAUUUUAAUUUCACUUCAUGCUGCCAGUACAUCUGUAAAAUAUUGUACUGUGUAACAACGAAGACUGACGUUCAGAUAGGGUACAAAAAUUAUUUCUAAACCUUUCAUUUAUUUUCAAGAAUUGUCAAUGUGAUUAAACUUUUUUUGAUUUUGUCAAAGUUUGCAAAUGUUUGCUUGUAUGAGUGCAGAAAAUUGCAGUAAGAGGUUCAGACAUUUAUUUUUAAUGAGCACAGCGAUGAAAGAAUUUAAUUUUUCUGAUGUCUUCUGUGACAUUAAUUCCUCUGUCACAGGAUUUAAUUGUAUUUUUCAAUAAAUCAAGUAGAAUUUGGCCUUUACCUUUCACAAUGGAUCACUUUGUACAUGUGUAGGUAUUCACUGUGAUACGAUUUGAGAACUUUUUCUGUCAUUUUGUUUAUAUCCUCUUUAUGUAGUGCUGUUGUAUAGUUAUUUAUUUUGAUUGCUUAUGCUUUGAGAUGACUUGGAGGACUUUGGAAACUGUGGGUAACAUCUCCAGCUAAACCAGUGAAAAGCAUUGAGAAAUCUCCAGUGUAGUUAACACCCAGCACUUGCUCAGAGUUCAAAUUAAUCAUUGACUUUCUUCUGAUUGUGAUUGCACUCCUAUGAGGAGGCACUUUACUUUGUCUUUUAUUUAGACACAAUGACACUAAUAGAUACCUUUAAAAAGUUCUUAUGUACUUUAAAUUUAUUCAUGUGUAGAUCAAUGAAGCAAUUAAUAACUUUGGUAAAGAUUUAAAGACAAUUUUAGAUUUUAAAAUAAAGUACUUACAAGUAAUGGAUUAGCCACUUAAGAAAAUAUUUUUGUUAUAAACCCACUUUCAGUUGUAUUAAUAAAACUACCUGCACACUCAUGCAUUAAGCACUGUAAAUGCAAGGGGAUAAAUAAAAUUCUAAUACACUGCCUGAUUGGAAAAUUUUACACUUGUGACUAUGGAAAUAAGGUGGAACAGAUACUUGAACCACCGCUUCUAAAAAAUAUGUUAUUGUGGUUUCUGUCCACUUUAUGUAAAGUGUAAACUCUCUAUCCUAAUCUUUACCUAUUCACUUUGUUUAUGAUUAAGAUACAGCACUUCCAUUUCCUAAAGCAAAUAACAUUUUCAAUGCAAAAACAAAAACUGAAGCUGUUUCAAAUUUUCGAGCUUUUCCAUUUUCAUGUAUUUUGAAUAUAUUUUGUAGGUUAUGUUCUACAUUUUAAUUAUAUAACCCAGUUUUGCUGCUUGCUUCACUGCAUUGGACAACUCACUUUCAUUGUUCAAUUCUACCAAGCUCUGUUCUCUCCCUGUACAGUUCAGUAUUGUACAAUUCAAUUGUAUAUCUCUUGCAUGCUUUUCAAUCUGUUAUGCUUUAAUAAUAAAGCCAAUGAUCUGUUGAGUUGCAUAAUCAA